AUGAAGGCACGGUUUGAAAAAUUAGUUCGUGGAGAAUCACUAUCCGAAGAUUUGGGAACCUUGAUCAAUAAUCCUCACUACAGUGAUUUGGAAAUCAAGUGCAAAGAUGAAAUUGUCCUUCACGCCAAUCGUGCAAUUCUUGCUGUUCGCUCAGAAUUUUUCAAUUGCAUGCUCUUCAACAAAAUGAAGGAGACUUAUGAUACGCAAAUAUCAUUCCCAAAUAUUGAUGCAUCGAACAUGAAGAUCAUACUCGAAUAC